UCAUGAAACGAUCGGCUAGCAUUUGUUUUGUACAUAUUCUUUGUUUGGGAUUAGUGUUUACAGUGUUCGAAACUAGUGGUAAACUAUGUGGUGAUCCAGAAUGCACGACUGCUAUUUCAACCGCACAGGUCACGAUUCGCUACCGGGGUGGCGCUGGCCAAAAAGUUAACGUUGAACAAAACGAACAUCUGGACAUUUUAGCCAAGAACGUUGGAAAAGAUGAGUCCUACUGGGUACGAAAAGCGGACGGAAAAGAAGGUCUUCUGGCCAAGUAUUUCAUUCGGGAAACAAAGAUUCUAGUGGGCACCGCCGAUCUAAUACAGGUUAGCGAUGAUGCGCCCCAGAAACCCAACGCCGUUGAUCAAACGCCUCCGGCAGAUAACGUUACGCCCGUGCCAAGAGUUACACUUCCACCCGGCAAAAGUACACCGAUAAACGAUGGCAAUGCGGCGAAUGUUCCCAAAGCAGCUGGUUUGUCGGAAAAAGUGGUACCCAAUUUAGAAGUUAUUCCCAAUGGAGCGACUGCAGACGCUUCGGUGACGGAAUCGAACGAAGAAAACGCUUCCAACGCUGAGGAUGAUGAAGGCUUUGAAGAGGAAGAAGGUGAUGAGAGCGAAGAGGAAGAAAAUGACGAGGAGGAGGACGAAGGCGAGGACGAAGGCGAGGACGAAGGUGAAAUUCCCGCAGUAGCUGCAAGCGAUACACCAAAAGACAAACCAGAUGCCACAGCGAAAGAAAACAAACAAACCGCCAAGGAUGAAGCACAUAACAAAGACGGUCAGGCAACACUGGAUACCGUUCCGGAGUUUGUGUCCCAGAAAAAAAGCGAUCAACCAGAAAGUGGUGAGGUGGAAAUAAAAGAGAACGGUUCCGACCCGGAAUUAACAACACCGCGCCCUGUCGUUUCCGUGUCCGCAGAACCUAUAAAGCCCUUAGGGCAAAAUCCGCCAGAUGAGCCUCCCAACCAGGCGAGCGAAAUGAAACCGGGUAAUGUCACACUUGAAAGUCCGCAGGCGGUUGGAAUAGAAUUGGAACAGAUACAAAACGCCACUGACUCUGAUGAAACUGAUGCGUCCGCUGAAACUGCACCAGAAUUAAAACUGGAGCAGGUUCGGGAAGCAAAUACAUUGCAAUUGAAUGAGGAAACUGUUCACCAAGCGCCAUCCGACUCCGAUAAUGAAAACCGAACAUUAGAAGACAAUUCAAAAGGCGAGGGAACAAAAGUAACAGAAGAAGAGAUUGCUUCAACAUCUACAGCCCCCGAGCUGGGUGACGCGCAAAUUGCCGACAUGGCAAGCGAGGAACUAACUACGCCUCUUCCCGCAGUUAGUAGUGAAAUAGUAGAGCCACCUACCACAGUCGAACCAACCGUCACAAGUGCUCAGCCUACUCACCCCACUCGCAUCCUUAGCGGUGGAUUGGGUAACUUACUCGCUAACAGCCAUCAUCACCACCACCAUCAUCACCAUCAUCAUAAUCAUCCUCAUCACAGUCACAAUGAGCAACCCUCUCGGGAUAGUAACCCGAGAGAAACCGUUACCAUGGAAACGGUUGGCACUACACAUCUUCAUUUCCCCGGUCAGGGAGAGAUGACGCCACCGGAGACCACAACUACCACCGCACCACACGGCAGCCCGCUGGACUCUACAAAUGACAAUCCUACCGAAGGCGAACUACCAAACAAAGAAGCGAAAGGAUAUUGUGACAGUGAAAUUGCAAGCUGUGAUACGCCAAAACAUCGCCAUACGCCACCGUUCGCAGAAUCAGUGCAGCGCUCGAACGGCGGAGAAGGAUUUAUGCAGCCGCUGGAAGAAACCGUUCAGGGCGAACCAAGCGAAGACCCAUUCAAACAGUCUCCGGUCGAGGAUGGCAGCAGCCCGGCACAAAGUGGCGCCCAAGAGGCACAAGAACCGAUGGAAGAUUAUGUGGAAGCCUUUUUACGCGAGGCCAUCAAGCUAAGCGAUCUCAUUCUGAUGCUGUCGUUCACUUCUUUCACGCUACUAGUGUUUUCCCUUGGGCACUAUUUGAUAAACAAAAACCGACGUGAAAAGCCGCUGAUAUACAAGCUAAACAUGGUUGAGCGCGAUCUGAUGACGGCACACAAGGAAACGGCGCUGCUCCGAGCGGAACUGCACGACACAAAGUACAAGCUGACCAGCAUCGAAAACAAUUCGUUCGGUUCAAACGACAUGGUGAUUGCACUGAAGGCCGACCUCGAAGCGGCCGAAGCGACCAAACAGGAUCUGCAGGAUCAGAUUGCGGGGCUGGAGAAGGAGCUGGAAAAUGCGGCCGAGGCGGGACUAGAGCUGAACAAGAUGGUGGCCGAACUUUUGAAUCAAAACGGUAGCGAUUCGAUUGCGCUCAGCGUGGAGGAAUUGCAGCGCCAGUUGAACGAACAGCAGCAAACGAUACUGUCCAUGAACGCGUCGCUGGCGGAGAAGAGCCGGGAAAACAGUGAACUGCAAAUUGCGAUUGCGCAGCAAACGGUCAAAUCCACCGACCGCAUCGAUGAGCUGGAGCGACAGGGAAAGGAACUGGCCAACCGUCGCGGACAACUGGAGGUGGAAGCGGAACAGCUAAAGUCAGAACUUCAGCAAAAGUUGGACGGACUACGGAAAGAAAACGGAGCAGAGAUCGAACGGUUAACAAAAGAACUAAAAUUCACGCAGAGUAAGGCAGACGAGACCCGCAAGACGCUUGCAGCAUCGGAAGCGAAGUGUGAUGCUUUGGAGCAAUGCCUAAAAGAAGUCAAAUCGUCAGACGGCCACGUUGGUAACGCUGCUGGUUUAAUCGACAUAGUGGAACUGAAGGCAAAAAUUACUGUACUAACGAAUGAAAAGGCAUCCUUACAAGACAAGCUGCAGGGCGAAACGAUUGCGCGGCAACUGGUAGAAGAUCACAUGAAAAUGGUGAAUGAGGAAAUAUCCAGUCUAAAGCGAGACUUUGGAAAGGCGGAAAAGGAUAAACUAGAAGCAGAAACGAGGCUUGAGGUGCUGUCGUCAUACUUCAAGGAAAAGGAAACUCAAUUGCAAAAAGAGCUCAGCGUAAAGGAAGCGAUGUGGAUGAAACAGCAGGGCGAAACAACCAGCACGGUAGAAAAAAUCCGUCACAUGCAGGAUGAAACGCAACAGCUCAAAUCGCAAAACGACAAGCUCCGGGCAGAAAUUGAGGCACAAGCAGCUGCUCACAAGGCACAGUACACUACACUCGAAACGCGCUCACACGAUGCCUGGCUUGCCACACGCCAAGCGGAACGGAGACUGGAAGAAGCGCGCAGUGAAUCGAGUGCUCUCAGGCGUAAGCUGACCGCCUUGGGCGAUGUUUCCGCUUCCAGUGGUACGGCGCAUGCGUAUGAUUGUGGAUCGACUACUUCAUUCAAACUAACACCUGAUUUUUUCUCUCUCUUGUCGCUUACAGAUGGUAUAAUAAGUUUGCCAAACGCAUCCAUCACCCAAACCGACCUCGGACUGACGGCUCCCUCGCCGAUAAGAGUCGAGUCCCCGAACGCACCGCCACCAAUGAUGGGUGUGCUACCACCGCCUCCGUUUAUGCCUCCGUUUAUGCCUGGUCCUCCGCCACCAUUCAUGCCACCGUUUAUGCCGCCUCCUCACGGACCUGGCGAAAUGAGGCCCCCACCACUGGGGCGUCUGAUGUCACCACCGCCCAAUCGGUACUCACCAAACAGCAUAAUCGAUGCCCGGGAUCGUUAUAGUCCCGACCGAGGAAGAUAUUCGCCGGACAGUCGAUACGAUUAUUCGGUUAUGUCGACGUACGAAACCGAAAACGACUUCAGUCCUCCACCGUCGCCGCCGCACCAUUCGCGGCACUCGAACUACGACCGCGAGUGGGAUCGGGACCAUGAUCGUGACCGCGAUCGAGGCCGUGAUCGAGACCAAAGCUUCAAGGAACGCGAUCGGGAUCGGGGUAGUGAUCGCGAUCGUGAUCGUGAUCGAGAUCGAGAUGGACGCGCUAGUGGAAAUGGAGGCUACGCGAGAGGGUUCACGCCAACCCGAAUGCGCACAUCGCCUCCGAUACAGGAUCCUAGGAACAAAAAAUAUGCAGGAGGUUUCAGUUCCGGGUCACAGGAUUCGCUCGGAACACGCAAAAGUUCGGGCAAAUAUAAAGGAGGAACAAAGGCAAAUACAUAAAGGAGUUCCCCAACAUUGAAGGCAGUAUCGUGAACGUCGCCACACCACGAUAGCAUGGGUUGUAGUAACAAAACAUAGUUUGUUUUACUAUUGAAAGUUUCAUUUAAUUACAUUACGUGCAUUUGCACACGCAACACGUAACGUGACGCAACCCAUAGAUAGAACUUUCAGAAUUUGUGUGAUGAACCUGCAGACCAUUCGCCGUUCUUAACAGUAAAGCACCGCAACCAACCUUUCAACAAGUCGGCGUGCAAAACAGUGUCAAAAUGCUAUCCGGAAUA